AUGACGGACUUUUGGCUGAUUUCUGUUCCACUGGACAAAACAAGUUUAACCAGUGUAGAGAAACUCAAGCGCACCAUUGCCAAAACCAACCUGGCCUCCUCCUGCUGCAAGUUCUCCAUUCCAGAUCUUAAGGUGGGAGUACUGGACAGUCUGCUCAGCGUGUCAGAUGAUCUUUCCAAACUCGACACGCUGGCUGAAAGUGUGAUCAAAAAAACAUGCCAGUGUAUGAAGGAGGUGCUGGAGUCUAGUGACAAAGUGCUGGAAAAUGCUUUGGCCAAUGGAGUUGACUUGAUGAACUUCAUCAUCAAGUUUCAGUGGGACAAAGCAAAAUAUCCUACAUCUCUAACUCUCUCCAGUCUGGCAGAAAUCAUCAACAAGGAAGUUUCGCAGGUGGAGGCAGAGUUAAAAUCACGUUCUGCAGCGUACAACAGUGUGAAAGCGAGCUUGCAAAACCUCGAGCACAAACUAGAUGGCAAUUUACAAACUUGCAGUCUGAAUGAUGUCGUGAGGAAAGAAGACCUGGUGGUCUCAGAGUACCUCACCACUCUGCUGGUAGUGGUGGCCCGAGGGAGCUACUUGCAAUGGGAGAGGAGUUACGAGUCGUUGUCAAAAUUUGUGGUUCCGCGGUCGAGCAGGAAGCUGUAUGAGAACGGAGAGGGGGGAGUCUUCUCAGUGACACUUUUCAAAAGAGCUGUGUGUGAAUUCAAAGCCAAAGCCCAGGAAAGCAAGUUCUUUGUGCGGGACUACAGCUUUGAUCUGGAGGAGCAGAAACAGCGGGAGAUUAUGCAGCUUAGUUUUCACAAAAAGGAGCAAUAUGGAAUCUUUGUACGCUGGCUGAAGGUGAAUUUCAGUGAAGUGUUUGUUGCCUGGAUUCACUUGAAAGCAUUGCGGGUGUUUGUGGAAUCAGUCCUGAGGUAUGGGUUACCUGUGAAUUAUCAGGCUCUUCUACUGCAGACUGACAGGAAGCACUCGAAGAAACUCAAAGAAGAACUCGCUUCACUGUUUGUGCAUCUGGACCCCACCGCCAGCAUUACUGAUGUGAGCUGUGACAUCCCAGGACUCUGUCAGCAGGAGUACUUCUCCUACAUCUGCUUUCAUAUCAGCACCAACGUGUUGGACAUCAGCUAGCUGUCAACAGCAA